AUGCAGGUAAGCAUAUUUAGUUCCCUCACAGACAUUAGCAUGAUACUGACCUUUUUUAUUUCUAACUGAAAACUCCCAACCAUGUCUGUGGAUCUUCUAAAUUAACAUUAGGAACAGCUCAGCAUUGUGACCAGGGUUGUGGUUUGUAUUUAUUUUAUGUGUUUGAGUACAUCAGUAAGUUUGAAUCUCUCUCUCUCUCUCUCUCUCUCUCUCUCUCUCUCUCUCUCUCUCUCUCUCUCUCUCUCUCUCUCUCUCUCUCUCUCUCUCUCUCUCUCUCUCUCUCUCUCUCUCUCUCUCUCUCUCUCUCUCUCUCUCUCUCUCUCUCUCUCUCUCAAGUUCUCUCUGUGCAGGUUGCGUACCCACCAGUGGUGUUUCCUGCUCUUCAAUGUGCUUCUGUUCCAUGCCCUGUUGUUUGGGGCUGACUUUGUAGAGGAGUACAUUCUCCAGCCCACCCCAGGGAUCUACACAGAUGGAACAGUCCUGGACGUGAGGGAGAGGGCCCGUAAACUAGACCUGAGUGGGACCAGGGGAAAUGAGUCCCAGUAUUACCCCAUUACAAACCCAAACGCCUGCCUAAACAGUGACCUCUUCCUCCUCACCAUCGUCUUCAGUUCUCCAAGCAAUCACACCCAGAGGAAUGCGGUAAGGACCACCUGGGCCAACCAAACACGUGUCCAGGGUUUCGCCGUGAGAACACUCUUCUUCCUGGGAUUGUCUCCCUCCACCGCUACCCAGGAGACUGUCAUGACGGAGUCCGGUCGCCACGGUGACAUGGUCCAAGGUUACGUGAAUGACUCCCCUCAUGGUCAGGCCGAGAGGGAGGUGUUGGCGUUACGGUGGGUGGUGGCUUUCUGCCCAGUAGCCAGGUUCGUCCUGAUCACAGAGGACUCUGUGUUUGUCAAUCUCCCUGCGUUAGGGGGUUACCUUCUGGGGCUGAGAAGACACCCUGAGGACCUCUACUUAGGGAGGGUGAUGCACAAAGACACCCCCAACCGAGACCCCUCCAGUCCCAGCUACUUAGCUCCAGCCCUCUAUCCAGACAGGUACUGUACCUGGAUAUAUAUAGGAGAGUUAUUCAUCCACUCUUGGAGGGCAAUGUAAACAGUAGGAAAAUAAUUAUGGAAACAGUAGGAAAAUACUUUAUAUUAUUAAGAAACAAUGCGUUAAUUGUACUGAAUUGAAAAAGUUUACAAUAAGCUUCCAUUGUCCUUCAAAAGGCUGAAUAACUCCCAUGUAUUCUGUUUGCUCCUUAAUAUGCACCCUGGUUGGACCCAAGGUAUAGUGACAGUGUACAUUUUACUGUGCCCUAACAGGUAUCUCCCAGACUACUGUGCCAGAACUGCCUCUGUCCUCUCCCAGGAUGUGGUUAGGAAGGUGUAUGUGGCGUCAGCUGGGGUCCAUACCACCCUUCCCGCUGAUGUGUUUGUGGGCCUGUGUGCCUGGAAGGCCGGGGUGGUACCCACCCACAGUGCACGCUUCUCAGGGGAGAAGCACAUUCGUUAUAAUGAUUGCUGUUACCGCUACCUGUUCAACUCCCCGGGGGUGGGAAGUGAGGAGCUUGGGACGGUGUGGGCAGAUCUGGGCCAGGAGGAUGGAGGAUGUUCCCUUCUAGAGACCUACUAUGGCCUGGUUGCUUGCAAGGCCCUCACUUACCUGGACAAACUGUCUUUCUUCAACUCGAAGGGACAGGAAGACUGA